AUGGUGACCUCUACUUCACGGAUACUCUAUGGUUUCCUCCAGGACUUCCGCCCCGCCCCAGGGCUACGUAACCAAGUAUACCGGUACAACUUCACCACAAGUGCCGUGACUGUGGUUGCUGAUGACUUCACGCUACCAAACGGCGUCCAUACCGAUUCCAAGGGUCGCGUGUACGCUGGUUGUGGAGACGGCGUCCACGUCCGGAAUCUCACCGGCAAGAUUUACGCAGGGACUACAGCGGCGAACUUCCAGUUUGCUGGCCGCGGGCGCAUGAUUAUUACGGGGCAGACCAAGUUUUUCUAUGCCACUCUGGCGGCUUUGGGUACGGUGCUCACUUGA